AUGGCUACAAACGCAAAACAGAGGCUGGAAAGCCUUUCUCGACACUUGGGUUCGACUCCAAGCCACAAUGAAAGGCCGAAAUUUGAACUAGAAGACCAUCCAGGUGAUGCCGUUCGGUCUCUGAAGGUUGCUGUAAUUGGUGCUGGCAUUUCUGGAGUCAUAGCUGGAGUACUUCUGCCUGCAAAAGUCCCAGGAAUUGACCUGACAAUUUUCGAGAAGAAUGCUGAUGUGGGUGGGACAUGGUUUGAAAAUAUAUAUCCCGGAGUCCGCUGCGACAUCCCAGCAAACGUCUACCAAAGCUCAUUUGCCCCCAACACACAAUGGACAGAAGAAUUUGCCCAAGGAGCAGAGAUCCGAGCUUACUGGCAAAACGUAGUCAAGAAGCACGGCGUGUACAAGUAUAUCCAAUUCAAGAAAAAGAUAUCGCAAGCAGAAUGGGACCCUACAGCUACACAAUGGGUAUCUGUGGAAGAGAGGUUCGACAUCUUAGUUACUGCUAUUGGUCGUUUCAAUGCCUGGAAACUUCCUAACUACCCUGGAAUCAACGAGUACGAAGGUCACCUCCGACACUCGUCAAACUGGGAUCCGAGCUUUGACCCCAAAGGCAAGACCGUAGCUGUAAUAGGUAACGGAGCAAGCGGUAUUCAAGUCGUGCCGGAACUCCAAAAGGUAGUCAAGCAUCUCGACCACUACGCACGAUCCAAGACCUGGAUCGCAGGAUCAUUUGCUGGCCAUGAGCGGAAAGCUGAACCGAUUCUAUUCAGUGCAGAACAACUGAAAGACUUGGAGGAUCCCGAGAAAUAUUUGACGUACAGGAAAGGAGUUGAAGAGACGUAUUGGAGGAGAUUUGCUGCUUUAUUCAAAGAUUCGGACGAAAAUAAGAAUGCAAGGGAGGAGUUCAAGGCGAUAAUGAAGAAGAGGCUAGAGGAGAAGCCUGAGUUGCUGGACGAUAUCUUGCCCGAAUUUUCGCCCCAUUGUAGAAGACUAACGCCUGGACCCGGAUAUCUGGAAGCUCUGAGUAAGGACAAUGUGAGUUUUAUUCGGACACCGAUAAAGCGAUUCACAAAGACGGGAAUCGAGACUGAGGACGGGAUACAUCGACCUGUUGAUGCGAUUAUCUGUUCAACUGGAGCGAACAUCGACUACGCCACACCAUUUUCAGUUGUUUCAGGAGGUAUUGACUUGUCAAAGGCUUGGAAGCCUGACGGCGAAUUUGGGUUCCCGUAUUCGUACCUCGGACUUGCGACACCAGGUUUUCCAAACCUCUUCUUCAUCCAUGGUCCCAACACCUCCGGCGCUUCAGGUACCCUUCCAAACAGUGUAGAGAACCAAGUGACUCAUAUCGCACGUCUUCUGCGGAAGAUCAGCGGCGAAGGAAUCAAGACCGUGGUCCCGAAGAAGGGAGCAGCCGAUGACUUCGUUGAAUUUUGCGAUGCGUUCUUCCUCAAGACUGUUCUGAGCGAGAACUGCAGCUCCUGGGCAAAUGGAGGGAUACCCGGUGGCCGAAUCCAUGGUCUCUGGCCUGGAAGCGCAGCUCACGUGAACUUCAUCCGUCGGUCUCCGCGAUGGGAAGAUUUCGAAUAUCAGUUGAGGUCACCUAAUGGGAGUAAGAAUCGCUUUGCGUAUUGGGAAAAUGGAUGGACGAGCAAACAGCUCCAGCCUGUCGCUGACCUGACGUCGUAUCUGAAAGUUCCAGAAAAGGUAGAUUUGAAAGACUUGCAUGAGAGUUGGUGGGAUGUAUAGAUGGCAUAGAGAUCAGUAUCAGAGUAAUUGAAUCAGAC